AUGUCCAACACCAGACAACUGCAUCUCACAGCCUUCAUGCGCCCUGUGAGUCUACACACCGGCGCAUGGCGAUACCCCGGCUCCUACGCCGACGCAAACUUCAACCUCGCCCACCUCAAAUCCUUCAUCCAGAAGCUUGAGGCCGCCAAGUUCGACGCCUUCUUCAUGGCCGACCACCUCGCCGUCCUCAACAUGCCCAUCGAGGCCCUCCGGCGCAGCCAGACAACCACAUCCUUCGAGCCCUUCACUCUACUCUCUGCCCUAUCCCAAGUCACAGAGAAGAUUGGCCUCGCGGCUACCGCAUCGACAACAUACGACGAGCCCUACCACAUUGCCCGUCGCUUCGCCUCGCUGGACCACCUCAGCAACGGCCGUGCGGCCUGGAACAUCGUUACGACGGCCAACCCGGACAGCGCAAAGAACUUUGGCCGCGACGAGCACAUGGACCAUUCGGACCGGUACAAGCGCGCCAGGGAGUUCUACGACGUCGUCACCGGCCUCUGGGAUUCGUUUGCAGACGACGCCUUCAUCCGGGACCAGGAGUCGGGCAUCUUCCUCGACCCGGCCAAGAUGCACACGCUCAACCACGUUGGCGACGAGCUCAAGGUCAAAGGGCCCCUGAACAUUGCUCGUCCUGUCCAGGGAUGGCCCGUUAUCGUGCAAGCCGGACAGUCCGAUCCGGGACGGCAGCUAGCUGGUGAGACGGCCGAAGUCGUCUUCUGCUCGCCGGCAAACAUCGACGCCGCAAAGGCUCUCUAUGCUGAUAUCAAGGGCCGGGCCGAAGCCGCUGGCCGGAAGAGGGAGCACAUCAACAUCCUGCCUGCCGCACUAGUCAUCAUCGGGGACACAAUCCAAGACGCCAAGGAGAAGCGCCUCAAGUUAGACAGCCUCGUCCACUACGAGAGCUCCAUCGCCAGCCUAUCCAUUGCUCUCGGAACGGACGCAUCCAGGUUUGACCCUGACGGACCUCUUCCCACGGACCUGCCCGAGACAAACGCCAGCAAGACGGGCCGCGAGGCCGUGCUCCGGCUAGCAAGGGAAGAAGGCCUGACAGUGAGACAACUAGCACAACGCUUCGGUGGAUAUGCCGGCAAUGCGUUUGUCGGAACGGCGCAGAGCAUUGCCGACGAGUGGGAGAAGUGGCUCAAGGAGGAGGCCAGUGAUGGCUUCACCGUGUGCUUUCCCUACCUGCCGCAGGGGCUGGAUGAUGUCGUGGAGAAGCUAGUGCCGGAGCUGCAGCGUCGGGGAAUCUUCCGCAAGGACUACGAGGGAACAACGCUGAGAGAACACUUUGGCCUGCCGAGGCCGGAGAAUCAAUUCUUUCCCAAGGGUGAGAGCACUUAG